AAUCUGUAAGGAUUCUUUCCUUACAGAUUCUUUGGGUAGGGUUUGGAAAUACGCUUCCAGGAAGGUAGAUCGCGGAAAACGACCCGUUCCUGCGUCUCGACGGUGUCCAGACUAGAGCUCCAGAUCUGAAAAUUUUCCGAUAAAUGGAUCACUAUUGCAGAUGAAGACUGUUGAAUUGGCAAGUCGAAUGCGUACUGAAGAUAAUUGCAGUCAUGAUGGCUUUUUUGAUUUAAGUCAAGGAAUUCUUAUCAAACUAUUAUAUGUGGCCAAAGAUUUGAUGUAAACGAAGACGUAUGCACUAAUUUCGGUAGAAAACUCCCAGAGCUUUUCUCUACUUACCUAACGAAAGUUAUUUUUAAUGCUGAUGAAACUGCAUUUUUUUAUAAACUCAUGCCAAACAAGACAUUACAUUUUAAAUGUGGAUGCUUCCAUAGGAGGUAAAAGCGUUAUGAAGAAUAGCUUGAAGCUGUUUUAUUCUCGAUAUGGAAGACUUCAUCAUGCCUUUUAUCGAUACGUAAGCUGUAAAUUUUUUGAUGUCAUAGUUGUAGGUGGUGGACAUGCUGGAACAGAAGCAGCUGCAGCUUCUUCAAGGAUGGGAUGUAAAACUUUGCUUCUUACUCAUAAAACAAGUACAAUAGGUGAGAUGUCUUGUAACCCAUCUUUUGGUGGCAUUGGUAAAGGACAUUUGAUGAAAGAAGUUGAUGCUCUUGAUGGCCUCUGUUGCCGUAUUUGUGAUAUAUCUGGAAUCCAUUACAGAAUGCUUAAUAAAGCAAAAGGACCUGCUGUUUGGGGACCAAGGGCUCAAAUUGAUAGAUCACUAUAUAAGAAACACUUGCAGAAGGAACUUUUCGAGAUUUCUAAUUUAGAUAUCGUUAGUGGAUCUGUUGAAGAUUUGGUUCUAAAAAAUGAUAUACAAGAUGGGAAAGAACAUGUUAAAGCUUGUGGAGUUAAACUUGCUGAUGGGAAUAUAAUUCAAGGCAAAACAGUAAUAAUUACUACAGGAACAUUUUUACGUGGAAAAAUCAAUAUUGGAUUGGAAUCUCGCCCAGCUGGUCGCAUUGGGGAUGAACCAGCAAUUGGAUUGGCAGUAACUCUUGAAAAUUUGGGUUUCAAGCUUGGAAGGUUAAAAACUGGAACACCACCUAGAAUAGAAGCAUGUUCGGUUGAAUUAUCUGAAGUAGAGACUUCUUAUCCUGAUAACCCACCUGUGCCAUUUUCUUUCAUAAAUGAUAAAGUCUGGAUAAAUUCUGAAGACCAAGUUCCUACAUAUCUUACUUAUACUACACCAGAUGUAGACAAAUUAAUUUUAGAAAAUCAGCAUUUAAAUUUACACGUCAAAGAAGAAACUCAAGGACCAAGGUAUUGUCCAUCUAUAGAAUCCAAAGUUUUACGUUUUGGUGGUCGUUCCCAUCAAGUUUGGCUAGAACCUGAAGGCUUGGAUUCGGAUCUUAUAUAUCCCCAAGGUCUUUCAUGUACUCUCCCUGAAGACCUGCAACUUAAAUUGCUAAGGUAUUUACCAGGCCUGCAACAUGUGGUAAUGGUAAGACCAGGCUAUGGUGUAGAGUAUGAUUUCAUUGAUCCAAGACAAUUGAAGCCAUCUUUAGAAACAUUUAGAGUAAAAAAUCUGUUUCUGGCAGGACAAGUAAAUGGUACAACUGGUUAUGAAGAAGCAGCAGCACAGGGAAUUAUUGCUGGAAUUAAUGCUGCUUGUAAAGUACAAGCAAAAGAUCCUUUCAUUGUUAAACGAACAGAAGGUUAUAUUGGUGUUUUAAUAGAUGAUCUAACAACUCUUGGUACUACUGAGCCAUAUCGUAUGUUCACUAGCCGAGCUGAGUUUAGAAUGUAUUUAAGACCUGAUAAUGCUGAUUUGCGUCUAACAGAAAGAGGUUAUAAAAUUGGAUGUGUAUCAGAAGAACGAUAUUCAAAAUUCCUGGAAGUAAAAAGUAUGUUAGAAGAGAGUAUAGACAUUUUGAAAUCUAUUAGCAAAACUUCAAAAGAAUGGAAUAUUAGUACAAAGAAUCCUCAUAAGAAAAAUGCAUUUGAAUACCUUGCAUUACCAGGUACGAGAGCUGAAAAUGUAUGUAAAUAUUUGCCUGACUAUAUAAAGAAAUAUAAACGAUUCUCAUAUUUCAUUUCAAGAUUGUGUGUAGAAGCAUUGUAUUUCUCAGCUGUUCAGCAACAAUUAGCUGAAAUCAAGGAGCUUCAAGAAGAGGAAGAUCUUGAAUUGCCAGAAGAUUUUGACCAUAUGAUGGAAAAUAUUCAACUUUCAAAUGAAGUUCGAGCUAAACUUAUGGAAGCAAGACCAACAAAUCUUGCUGCUGCAAAGCGUAUCCCUGGUAUGACUCCAUCUGCUUUAUCUGCUCUUCUUUAUUAUGUGAAGAGACAAAGAAUUUCAUGUAACUCAUAAAUAAAUUUUAUAUAUCUUUAUAUACAGAUAUGUACAGAUGAAUAAAAUUUUCAUAUUUUAAAAUUUU